AUGACAUUAACAAAGCGGACAAGUCGACUAUUAUCAACAAGUACAUUGCUCACAAUAGGCGGCAACAAUAAUAUCAUUGGAGCUAUUCAGUGCUCUUCUUAUUCACAACCACAGCUACAACAAGAACAAGAGGACAAAAAAACAAAAGUGAAGCGCAAAAGCGAUCUAACUGAAGGGCCUGCCAAGAAAAGACAGCAGCAACAGGAAGAAAUUAGUGCUUCCGGUUUACUUCUUCAAUCAACAAGACAUCAGUGUUUUUCUUUUGAAUCUCCAACCUGUACCGAGCCUUCCACCUAUUUCCAAGAUGUUUACCUUAUGCGCUGUCAUCAUCCAACACAUUUGGCAUCAUCAUUGGAAAUUUGUAUUCGACAACCGUCCUUUCCACACCCACAACAUGUCUAUAGGCGUCUCAACAGAACAAUGACUGAUACUCUAUUGAUGAUUUCAACGCUUCACAAGCCUUUUAUGAUUUCCAGCUCUCUAUUGCGAAUCAUCAACAAAAACUCCAUAUGGAAACUCACCUAUGCUGUAUCACAUCUUAGAUGGGCUGCAUUCUCCAUCUUGCUUAUCAAACCUGGAAGGAUGCCUGAAGGUAUGGGCAAUAUUUUUGGUGAAGAAUAUCUGGAUUUAUUUGCGGAGGACAUUCAAGAAAUGAUGGGAAGCGAUUUCGUGAAAACCAAUAACUUAGCCUUGGAGUCUGGUACUCAUCUUAUCCUGUCAUUAGCUUCCAUUCUCCUACUGCAAAACAACAACCGACUUCAUCAAGUCAUGGUACCGUUUUUUGGUAACAAGCUCUACAACAAAAUCCGGAAACGUAACCUCGAAGAUUGGGGCAUGACACGCAAAUUCCCUGGCGAUGUCUUAUUGGAUGCAAUCAACAUCGCAGAAAGUCUUUCACAUCGAUUACAUUCGUUUUUUUUUCUUUCUUUUAUACAUUCCCUAUGA